UUUACCAAACAAAACCCUAAAAACUCAUAAUUAUAAUCAUUAUCAACCACUUCCAUCUCCCAAAAAAGAGUCAACAAAAAACCAAUACUCCAUACUUUAUCUCUCCCUCAUGUGGUGAUUCCGUAACUGAUAAGCAGCAGAAAUCAUGGCGGCUGAACCUCCGAAGGCGACAUCCUCAGCCGAUUCGUACAUCGGCAGUUUGAUUAGUCUCACAUCAAAGAGUGAGAUCAGAUAUGAAGGCAUUCUCUACAGCAUCAACACCGAUGAGUCCAGUAUUGGCCUCCGUAACGUCAGAUCAUUCGGAACUGAAGGAAGAAAGAAAGAUGGCCCACAAGUAGCUCCGAGUGAUAAGGUUUAUGAAUACAUACUUUUCCGCGGCAGUGAUAUUAAGGAUUUGCAGGUGAAAUCAUCCCCUCCUGUUCAGCCAGUUGCACCUGUGUCAUCCAUCGAUAAUGAUCCAGCUAUCAUACAGUCACAUUAUCCUCGUCCAGCGUCAACAUCUACUAAUCUGCCACCAGCUGUCAGUGCUCCAUCAGCUGAUGCUAAUUCUCAUGGUCCACAGCCUGGACACCCUGGGUCAAGUUUCCCAGGUCAUUUGCCUUUGUAUCAACCUGGGGGUAUAGGGUCUUGGGGGCCGUCGCCUGUACCUGGUGCGAAUGGUAGUGGACUUGCGAUGCCUAUGUAUUGGCCUGGGUUUUAUGGCCCUCCAAACGGUCUUCCUCAUAUGCCCCAACAGCCCUUGCUCAGACCACCUCCUGGACUUGCUGCGCCACCUUCACUGUCGCAGCCAAUGCUGUUUUCUGGGUUCAAUUCGCCUUUGACAGCAGGAUCUUCAAAUUUAACUGGCUCUAAAUUGCCUGAAAUUCCCCCUAGUCUGAUUAGCUCAAGCAGUACAUCCACUAAUGUAGCACAGGCCUCUAUAUCACAAUUGAAUGUACCUUCUGUGCCAUCUACCAGUCUAGUUGCUGAAAACUCGUCCAGUUCUACUGUGUCUAAGGCUGCCAAUACCGGUCUUCUUUCAACGCCUAGCUUCUCUACUGUAUCUCAAUCGGCCCUCUCUUCUGCUCCAGAUGCUAGUAUUAUAACACCUGCUGCCUCUAGCAAGGUUAACACUAUUUCUAAUUCAGGCUUGUUAAACCCAAGCCAUCCUCAAACCUCGUCCAUCAUCAGUUCUGGUUUAAGCCAGGCAGAAAUUGCUAAGCCUUCUCUGGUCACCCCUGAUCAACUAGUGCAGUCUGGACAAUUGCCAACUUCUUCACCUUCAACUUCACAAACUGUUCACAAAGAUGUGGAAGUUGUUCAAGUGUCAUCAGCUUUGUCUUCUGAUGCAAAAGCAGAAUUGGUGAGGGAAGCACAGCCACCGAUAUUGCCUCUGCCACCUCCUGCAUCAAGGUCUUUCCACAAGCCUAAUGGUGGUAAUUUUCAUCCACGUCAUAAUUACAACUUCCGGGGACGUGAUAGAGGAAGAGGAAGUGGGAGCUCAUGUCCAGUAACCAAAUUUACUGAGGACUUCGAUUUCAUGGCUAUGAAUGAGAAGUUCAAAAAGGACGAAGUAUGGGGUCAUCUUGGUAAAAGUAACAAGUCCCAUGCUGGAGACAACGAUGUUAAUGGUGAGAAUGAUUUUGAGGAUGCUGAAGAGGAAUCUCCACAACUCGAUGCAAAGACUGUUUAUAAUAAGGACGACUUCUUUGAUACCCUUUCCUGCAACACUGGUGAUCAUGACUCACAAAAUGGGAGGACAAGAUUCUCCGAGCAGUUGAAGAUAGAUGCUGAGACAUUUGGUGAGUAUGUUAGAUAUCAUCGAGGUGGGCGUGGUGGCCGGCCACCAGGUCGUGGUGGUCGUGGUCGUGGAUCAUAUCAUGGAAGGGGGUAUGGAAACGUUGGUAGGGGCCGAGGACGUGGUGUGUCUUAUCGGUCUUCCUGAUUAAUACCGCCCGUGUUUACAAAUAUCAACAUGGAUGGAGGCGAUAGAAGUUGCAAACAAUUGUUUAUUUAAGUAUGGUAAAGCUUCUAGUUUGUAUUGUUUGCUCUUUUGUGGGUUUGUAUUUCUCUUAGUUUCAUAUUAUUUGGGGGUAACUGGUAAGCAAGCAGUCAGCAAGAAACUCUCGAAAGAAACUUGUAGCUUUUAUUGCUCGACAUAAAGUUAUGUCAUGUAAAUCUGGUGUGAUUGUCUUUCUAGUUUUGAUCAUUUUUAAGAUUAAUAAAUUUAUGUUCCCUUUCUGCUUCA